ACUGCCGCACCACAAGGCCCAGCAACUGGGAGUAUGACAGGCACCACUGGGGUAGCCCCAGGCACAGCUGUUGGCCCUGGCACCUCCAACACAGGUAUAGUCUCCGGACGAACUGCGCCCCCUGAAAUUUAUAUCACGGAGGCCACAACUUCCAUUGGAGGAGGCGGGACCACGCAAGCAGGACUUCCAGGAGGGACCACGAGGCUUUCACCCGGAGCCAGCAGCGGCUCACAGAGUUCCAAGCCAGGCACCUCUGUCGCACCGGGGAGUCCAGCGACUGGAAGUGCAACAGGUGCUACACGGGGACACUCUGGGACAACCAUUCGACCUGGGAGUUCCCGCACUGAGGCCACGACGUUCACGGGAGGUAGCGGCGCCCCUGGAACUGGACCCAGACCCGAAACCACUGUCGCACCACAAGGCCCAGCAACUGGGAGUAUGACAGGCACCACUGGGGUAGCCCCAGGCACAGCUGUUGGCCCUGGCACCUCCAACACAGGUAUAGUCUCCGGACGAACUGCGCCCCCUGAAAUUUAUAUCACGGAGGCCACAACUUCCAUUGGAGGAGGCGGGACCACGCAAGCAGGACUUCCAGGAGGGACCACGAGGCUUUCACCCGGAGCCAGCAGCGGCUCACAGAGUUCCAAGCCAGGCACCUCUGUCGCACCGGGGAGUCCAGCGACUGGAAGUGCAACAGGUGCUACACGGGGACACUCUGGGACAACCAUUCGACCUGGGAGUUCCCGCACUGAGGCCACGACGUUCACGGGAGGUAGCGGCGCCCCUGGAACUGGACCCAGACCCGGUGAGAAAGGGUCCUUGCCGUGUGGGGUUUGCCGUUAAUGACGGCUCUUCUUA